CAAGGGGUUUAGCUUCAGUUUAGGCCAAAGGUAGUUACGCCACUUUAUAAGGUCAAAAAAGGGACGCCGCACCGGAGUCGGAGAGCCACCCUAAAAAGUCAGUGUUAAGAGAGAGAAAAUGGAGAGCAUCGGCGCCACCGCCCUAAGGCAAACUACCUUUCUCUCUCCUCUCCCGUCGCCGCCGCUGCCUUCUAACGACGUUUCCAGUCUCUCUCAUUUCUCCCCGUUUCUCUUCUCCAGUAGGAAACACUCCGCUGCUUUAUCUCUCAAGCUUCAGAAGCAAUUACGAAUCGGCGAUAACAAUGUCCGAGCUACUAAUUGGGCGAAAUGCAGUGCUACAUUGUCCGAUACUUCCAGUGAAACCUCCACAUUGGCCGACAUAGAUUGGGACAACCUUGGAUUUGGAUUUUUGCCUACUGAUUACAUGUAUGUUAUGAAAUGUGCUCGAGGUGAAAGCUUCUCCGGAGGUGAAUUAAGGCGAUAUGGAAACAUUGAAAUGAGCCCUGCUGCUGGGAUCUUAAAUUAUGGUCAGGGACUAUUUGAAGGAUUAAAAGCUUACAGAACACAAGAUGGGAAUAUUGUGCUUUUUCGUCCAAACGAGAAUGCGUUGCGGAUGAGAACUGGCGCAGAGAGGAUGUGCAUGGCUGCUCCAACGGUGGAACAAUUUCUGGAAGCUGUAAAAGAAACAGUUUUAGCAAAUGAACGUUGGAUUCCCCCUACUGGUAAAGGUUCUUUGUACGUCAGGCCGUUGCUCAUGGGUAGUGGUUCGGUUCUAGGUAUUGCACCAGCUCCUGAAUAUACCUUUCUUAUUUAUGCAUCACCGGUUGGUAACUACUUCAAGGAGGGCCUUGCACCCAUAAAUUUGGUGAUUGAGACUGAUUUUCAUCGGGCUAGUCCUGGUGGAACUGGUGGAGUCAAAACUAUUGGGAAUUAUGCAGCGGUUCUGAAGGCUCAUACAGCUGCUAAAGCCAAAGGUUAUUCUGAUGUACUAUACCUGGAUUGUGUACACAAGAAAUACCUGGAGGAGGUGUCGUCUUGCAAUGUUUUUGUUGUUAAGGAUAAUGUGAUAACCACUCCUGCAAUAAAGGGAACAAUUCUGCCUGGCAUUACGAGAAAGAGUAUAAUUGACAUUGCUCGUAGCCUAGGUUUUGAGGUUGUGGAGCAGCUUGUGUCAGUGGAUGAACUUCUCAGUGCUGAUGAAGUAUUUUGUACAGGCACCGCAGUGGUGGUAUCACCUGUUGGCAGCAUUACGCAUAUGGAUAAAAGGACCUCUUUUGGAGAUGGCAAGGUUGGGCGUGUGGCACAACAGCUAUACACCGAGCUUACUAGACUACAAAUGGGUAUUGCAGAAGAUAAAAUGGAUUGGCUUGUCAAACUUAAGUGAAGAUUUUUGACUUUUUUUUGUUCUUUAGCAUUUUGAAAAUGAUGGCCUUAUUACAUAUGUUGGUUUUUUAUGUUGUUACUCCAAUGCAAAAUGACCUAUCUACCUCCUUUUAGGAUAACCUAAAGUAUUCCAUGUCUCAUAAAGUUCAGGAAGAAGGUAUGAUAUUCUAUAUUACUUGUCCCAAUAUAUGGUUUAAAGUUGGUUUAGAUUCA